AUGGUAUUCAUUCUUCUCCAAAUUGAGAAUGCCUACAGGCAGGGUACGGAGCUUUGUGGAGUCGCCGUGGAUCUGGUGAAGGCAUACAACAUGUUGCCUCGCUUGCCUGUCGCAGCUUUCGCAAAGAUGUGUGGCAUUCCUGAUUCCAUUCUCCACCCAUGGAUCUCCAUGUUGACCCAACUCAGGCGACACUUCAAGGUUCAGGGAAGUACGGGACCCCCGCUCCUUUCUUCUACGGGGUUCGCGGAGGGGGACCCCCUAAGCUGCUUGGCCAUGGCGGUCCUGAACAUAGCAUGCCACCACAAUUUCCGGAGUGUCACAAACCAUGGCCAGCUGUUGUCCUUUGUGGAUAAUUGGCGGGCUUUGGCCUCCUCGCCGGAAGACCUCGUUUCUGCUCACCAAGCCAUAGCGGAUUUUGCACGCGCAUGGGACUUGUUCGUCAACUCGGAUAAGACUGUGGUCUGGUGCACAAGUGCCAAGGGAAGGGCUGCCCUUCGACAAGCAGGUUUCCCAGUCACUCUUGACUUCCGGGAAUUGGGAGCCCACCUUGCAUCCUCGCGCAGGGGAACCAAUUUUACGCAGACAGACAGGAUCAGGGCUCUUGACGAAAAGUGGCCCCGUCUGCAUGCUGCCCUCCACGGCAUCAGUGCCUCCCCACUGGGGGAGCGGCACUUCAUCAAGUUGCGAUCCGACGCCAUGAAGGCCCUUGGAUUGCGUGCACCUGGCGCGAAUCCCACCAUCCAGCUUUCAUUGGUGGGUCACGCUAUCAGUGAUCCACAAUUCUUUGCUCUCCAGUCCACAUUCAGGGAUGCGAAGUUCCUGGCCGGGCACGAGGCGAUUGCACCUCUGCUGACCGCUGCUGCACUGGAUUUGCGAAAGGUGCCUGGUCCGUGCACAAUCCUGCUUCAGAGGGCCAAUGAGGUUGGAAUUGCAUGGGAUCCGGCCAAAGAGACUUUUGUUGACUCCCUGGGGCCGAUGGACGUGUGGGCUCUGUCGUGGCCGGAAAUCUUGCAGCGUCUUCUUUUCACUUGGCAGGAUCGGGUGAAACAGAUUUUCGCGCAGAGGCCUACUGUCGAGGGCUUGGAGGGUGCCGACCCCCACUUGACAACGGUUGUUCUCAAUACGUUGCCAAAACCUGCCCGGGCACUUGUUCGAGACUUUCUUUGA